UUUCUCAAACUUUAUAUUCGAAUGUAAAAAUAUUUUGUAUUUGCAUGUCCUCAUGAAUACAUAAAAAGGAUCAAACUUACGCUUUUACUGCAAAAAAACCCCCACUAAUUCUCAUGCAUAGUUGCAUAGGCCUCUUUCUCCUUAAAUACUACUCUCAACUUCAAAACUGAAAACUCUACCCUUUUGAGCUAAAGCUUUUCUUUUUUUCUUUCACCUUUUUCCGUGUCUUUUGCAAAUUCGUGGCGAUUUUGCGGGGUUGAGUGAACUGAAGCUUUUGUUUUUAUCAAUAUUUUGAUUUUAUUUACCUGGAACUCCCAGGAGUGUAGGAUCAAUGAUCAUGUGCUGUGGAUGAUGUAUGUUAUGAUGGGUAUCGAUUCCUUUCCUUGUUGAAGCAGUUGAUCCACCAAACUGACACAAAAAGACAAAUAGAAAUAGGAAAACUGACUUCAUUUGUUUAUUUACUGUUCUGUCAUGGAGCCUAUGGAGAUUUAGGGAUCCAUUUCAAUUCCCCACCACAGUAUGUGUUUUGUUUUGGUUUUUUUAUAUAAGAAAAUUGCAAGGAUUUGCAAUAGAUUUUCACCAUUCUUCCCUUUGCUUUUCUGGGUUUUUUUCAGUUGUUUUUCAAGUUACAUUUCUGAUAAGACAGGCAAAGUUAUGUUGAGGAAUAGGUCCAGGGCAGUGACCAGCAAGCAGCAACCAUUAAUGGCUGAUCACAGUUCUCAAUCGUCGUCCCCCUCACAGAAUCACACCACACCAAUCCCAUCUUUCUUUGGUUCUCCAAGAUUCAAAGCUUUCACUACAAAAUGUCUCCCCGACACUGAACCUGUUGUACUCAAGAGCCCUACUUCAAUCCUCGACAACAAGCCAUUGUUUACCUUUGGCAACCUCUUUGGUUUCGAUUUAAACCAAUCAAAAUCCCCCAAAACAUUCAUCUCACUCAAUAACAAGCGCCACCACACAACCCAAACAUCGGAACCAAAAGGUGUUGGUCUUGCCAUAGUCGAUACUCUCAAUGAUAAGCCAACUAAAGACAACAAGGUUCCUCCCAAGACAAGUAACAACAAGGUUUUAUUUGGGACCAAGCUCAGAGUUCAGAUUCCUUUCAAUUGGGGUGUUCCCGUUAAAGAGAUGGAGUUGUCUGAGGAUUAUACAUGCGUGAAAUCCCACGGACCUAAUCCCAAAACAACCCAUAUAUAUGGUAGCUGCGUUGUAAAGAGCUACUGCAGUAGUGUAUUGGAUGAGCUCAAGUGUGCAGAAGAGAGUGAUUUCCUCAGCUUUUGUCACACAUGCAAAAAGAAUCUUGAACAGAAAAUCGACAUUUACAUUUACAGAGGUGAGAAGGCUUUUUGCAGUCAAGAGUGCCGCUAUCAGGAAAUGGUACUGGAUGGAGAAGAGAAAUAAGAAUUUUUCAUUUCAUCACUACUUUAGAUCAUAAAAUUAUUUUCAAGUUUGAUAAUGAUUCCAUAAACCAAAUCUCUUUGUAGUGUUUAAUUUAGCUUUGGUUUUUAAAAACCCUCUCCACUGCAGAUAGUGAUAAGAGAGGAUGAGAUGAUGUAGAUUUAAUGUUAAUUCUUUAUAUGACUGCCAAUAGCCUUUAUUUCCUCAA